UCCAUGCAUGCAGUGACUCGAGGUUAACGGUUUAAGAUGAAUUUGGCCACGGUCACUGAUCUAGAGUCAGCUUUCCCUUUACACUAGUAAUUAAAGUUUGUAUAUGAGGUGGGGAAACUGAUCCUAGACAGUUUUCUGGUGCAGCGACGAGCAGUGUUAUCCAUGAGCGUUAAAAGGGAUUUCCAAUCAAUCCCUAAUAAGCAUUAAUACAAACGUCAUGCCCGUGGCCAGGGGAAGGCCACGCCUGGCCCAGUCUUACACACGCUCCACCUAUGCUAGCUAUGUACAAAGUGGUAUAAUGUAAAGUCAGUCAGUUUUAAUCUCAAAAUAAACCCCUUCAUGGUGAAAAACUUGCACUGAGGUCCCGAUCACUCUGCUGGGGAUUAUUUUGCAACGGUAUACAUUAUCAGUAGAACAGAGUUGAAUUGAAUCUUUAUUACCACAUUCAAUAGUGCAAUAUAGGAAUAAUGGAAGUGAUUUACAUAUCCUAAAACUUACUUUCUCUUCUAAAAUUGGAUUAGGCAUACCUAAGAAAGGCUAUAAGGCAGUUUAGUAACUACCCUUAGCCUAAAGAGGGGGGAAAAAAACACCUAAAACAACCACAACUAAACAGAUUAUGGACAGUUUGUAAAGUAUUAAUCCUGCUGUCAAGGAUUCCAACGUCCACAACACUUAACAGGGACUGCAAACAGACGCACCCCACGCAGUAACUGAGAAGAGCGUUGAGGGCGGAGCGUCGGUUGGCGCUGAAAUCCCGCAGCAGACUCAAUGGGCGCUCUGAAGCGCGGGGACUGCAGGCACGCGUCGCUACACGCGCACCUGACGACAACGGUCGCGCUCUGACGUCACCACAGCGCUGACCGCAAAACGGAAAGCAUCUCACGCGCUUACUCUCAUCACUUCACCAUCAUGCAGACCUGCUUCUACACUCAUUUGCCUUAUCUCAUGGAUUAUGCAGCAGAUCCAGUCAACAAAAUAUAUACUGGAGAUUUGUUGGACUUCUCUGCAGACACACAUUUACCACCUCUUGAAUUUCCAGAUGACAGAGACUUGAAUACUUCUCUAGAGCUGAGUAGACAGCUUCAUGCCACUCUCAGGAGAAAGCAAGAGGAAAUAUCAGCCCUGAGGGACAAAAACACGCAGCUGAGAAAGCUGGCUACACAGGCUGAGCGUUGCGCCACAAUUCUAGAUGCCUUGACAACAUUAUCCCAGAGAGACUCAUUGUUGCACUUUACACCCUUGAGGACAUUGUCACAAAAAACACAUGCUGAGUCAACUGAGGGGCAUUCUACUGGAUCAGAACACUCCUUAUUCUCUCUACUGACUCAGGAAGAACAAUCGGACCAUUCUUACACAGCUUUAACUGACUCUACCAGCACUGAAACCCAUAGUCCAACAUCAGGAGUCAAACGCCAGCUGUGGUCCAGCUGGCAUGACCUUCUCUCUGAAGAUGCAGAUGGUAGCACCCAUAGAGAUGAUGCUGAGGACACCAGCUUGAACUGGCAGUCGGGUUCCAAACGGCCCAGGCUUGAUGAUGAACUUGUAGAGCUAAACUUGGAACAUCUGAAAUCACAGCUGGACCAAGACGAAUGGGCUCCUCAGCAACUAACAGAAGAUUCAGCUCUGACUCAGAGUCUUGAAGUCUCCUCUGAAGGCCCAAUCGCAGAGAGGGUGAACAUAUUUGGGGCUUUUCAUGGGCUUCAUGUGGUUGCAGAAACUCCAUCUGUCAAAUCUGGUCUUAACACAAGCGGCGAUCGAGAGAAAGGCAUUUGCUUUAAGAUCUCAAUCAGGGAGCACAGUACUGUAAGGACCAAGGUUUUCCCACACGGAAAGGCAUUCACCUCUCGCACACCAAGCGGGUCUUGUAGGUUCCUUUGGGUUCCUAAUGAAGACUAAACGGUCAUGUAGAUCAAAGGAAUUCAGUGGGUAUUACCCUGGUGAAAAGACAAGUUCAGACCAGCAUGAACUCAUCCACGCUGGUUUUGUGCUGGUCUAGUUGGUGGAACGAACACUGUUAUGUUCUUCACCACCAAAACUAAGCUGUUAAAGCUGCUCUUUCUGCAUGCAGUGAAGCUGGUUGAUCAAGGAAAGCUUGCUGGUUAAUUUAGGAGUACACCUUCUGUUUUGUGAAAGAAUUCAUACCAACUUUUCUGUUCUGGUUAA